CAAACCUUUUGCAUCUGUGGUUGUAAAUGAGCUGUCAGAAAUCUUAAUUGCGGGACAGACGACGUUGACACGUUUCACAAUAAAUCGUGUUUAUAGUGUUAUUGUAAUUUGUUUGCCACACGUAUUGCUAAAAAUCUUAUACUAGGCGCUGCGGAAUGUCGAUUAAUGAAUUGAAAUCCCAAAUCCAAUACCUUCAGAAUGAGUUGGAGCGUGUUAAAUCCAGUAUUGAUAGCGGAGGACAAAAUGUUAGAGAAAAGAUCAAGAAGAUGUCCUCGGAAGUUACAGACUCCAACCCUUAUAGUCGAUUGAUGGCAUUGCAAAGAAUGGGAAUCGUCAUCAAUUACGAGCAAAUUCGCGAAAAAAGCGUGGCUAUAGUGGGUGUUGGUGGCGUCGGUAGCGUGGCGGCAGAUAUGUUAACCAGGUGUGGUAUUGGCAAACUAUUGUUGUUUGAUUACGAUAAAGUAGAACUAGCUAACAUGAACCGCUUGUUUUUCACUCCUGACCAAGCUGGACUAUCGAAGGUUGAAGCGGCGGCCAAAACUCUCAAUUUCAUCAAUCCAGAUGUCAAGAUCAUGACUAAUAAUUAUAAUAUUACGACGGUGGAACAUUUUGACUCAUUCUUGAGUGCAAUUCAAACAGGAGGCAUUCGGGAAGGCAUGUCGGUUGAUUUAGUAUUAAGCUGCGUAGAUAAUUUUGAAGCACGAAUGGCAAUCAACGCGGCUUGCAAUGAACUGUCUCUGAAUUGGAUUGAAUCAGGAGUCUCGGAAAAUGCGGUGUCUGGACACAUCCAAUUUAUUCGUCCGGGAGAAACUGCGUGCUUUGCAUGUGCGCCUCCGUUAGUAGUGGCAGAGAAUAUUGACGAGAAAACAUUAAAACGUGAAGGGGUAUGUGCUGCUAGUUUACCAACUACAAUGGGAAUCGUAGCUGGGAUGUUGGUCCAAAAUACAUUAAAAUAUCUGCUCAACUUCGGAACUGUAUCAGACUAUUUGGGUUACAACGCAAUGAUUGAUUUUUUUCCUAAAAUGAGUUUAAAACCAAACCCAACCUGUGACGACCGGUUUUGCAUCGAGCGACAGAAAUUUUUUUUGGCUCGACCUAUAGUAGAACGUGUAGAACCUGUAGUAGAAAACGAUACUUCGCUUCACGAAGAGAACAUUUAUGGUAUAGUACUCGUAGACGAAAAUACAACAGAAAACUCAACGUCCGUUUCCACUUCUACUUUUGUUACUGUCGGUCUAAAACAGGCAUAUGAAACGCCAUGUGCGCAACACACUAUUAAAUCUACUACAGAAAACGAAGACGUUAGUUUGGAUGAUCUAAUGGCCCAGAUGAAGGCAAUGUAAAACGUGUAUUUUUUUCAUAUAAACGUAAAAAUAUAACAUUUCCAAAAAAAACGA